AUGAAGGGACCAGUCUUUGCUCUAGUUUUCGCCAUAGUUAUCGCCAGUUGUUGGGCAGAUGAUACUAAUAAAUGCACACAUUGUGCAACUUCUUUGUCUGCUGUCACCAGUAUUAUCACCAGUGUGCAAGAGGCUUUGGCUUCAAUUUUACAUGUUCUUCCACUUGGUCUUGGAUUGAUUAUUAAUGCCCUACUUAGUCUCUUGGUUGUCAUAAUUAACAUUUUAGGUAAGGCCGUAGCUGGAGGAGCUGGCUCCUUAUUAGGUGGAAUUGGCCAUUUGCUUUCUGCUAUCCUUGGAGCCAUCGCCAGUUGUUGGGCAGAUGAUACUAAUAAAUGCACACAUUGUGCAACUUCUUUAUCUGCUGUCACCAAUAUUAUCACCAGUGUGCAAGAGGCUUUGGCUCCAAUUUUACAUGUUCUUCCACUUGGUCUUGGAUUAAUUGUUAAUGCUCUACUUAGUCUCUUGGUUGUCAUAAUCAACAUUUUAGUUAAGGUCGAAAUUGGAAAGGCUACUUUCUUAUUAGGUGGAAUUGGCCAUUUGCUUUCUGCUAUCCUUGGAGGUAUAGGCAAAUAAAUUAUUUGGAUGUGAU